AGCCUUUCCGGACUCAAGCCGCAGAUCCUCCCAGCGCGAGACCCGCCCGCGGCGCCGAGCAGCCUCCCAGUGGAACGCCCCGCGUCGGCAUGGCACCGUGCACCAGCCCCUCCACCAGCGCUCCCAGGCGUGGGCACGGCGGCGGCCACGCAGGGCCGAAGGAGGGCCUCGGGGAGCGGUGCCCGCCAGCGCCAGAGCCCAACCCCCUGUACGUCAAGACGCAGUUGUGCCGCUUCUUUGCGGCUGGCGCUUGCCUGAGGAGCACAGGCUGCAAGUUCGCCCACGGCCCGACCGAGCUCAAGACGCUCCCAGACUUCACGAGGAUCGGGGCAGGGCGAGUUGAGUCGAAGAAUAAACAUCUGCAUAAACAUAGUGCAGAUUUCUCGGAUCGGCGCUGGGGCGCCUUGGCGGCGAAAUCCGCGCAGACCGUCACAAGUUGAUUAUAAUAAGGCAAUCCUGCAGUCGAUUUCCUGCUCGAGAGGACGCAGCUCUGCCCCUCCGUGCGUGCCCACGGCGCCUGCCGGCGCAGGCCCCGCCCGCGGGGCCCGCCGGGGCGCCGCGGAGGCGCGGCCGGGCCGGCGGCGGCACGGCGAGCCCGGGCGCGGGGGCGCCGCGCCUGGGGGGCGGCAACACAGGGCAGCGCGGAGGGGCCCGUCACGAGCAGCACCAGGGCGAGCGGGCCGGGCUCGGAGGGGUCGCCGCGCUCCCGCCAGCUCUCGGCGGCGUCCGACGGCCAGCUGUCGGAGUGCACGGAGCCGGGCGUGGAGUGCCAGGGGGGGGACAGCGGCCGCGUGUUGUGGAGGCUUGAGGUGAAGAACACCUUCAUAACGGUGGUCCACCGCACUCCCGUGGAGGCGGGCCCGAGCCGUACUCUGUCCUGUCCGGCGGCGCUGCGCCAUCGCUGAGGGCCUCUCGCACGCUCUGGGCCAGGCGCCAGAAGCAGGAGAGCCCCUCCGCCUCUGGCGCCUCCCAUGGCGCGCUCCGCGCGCCGGGGACGGGGGGCCUGCGCGGACGUCUUCCACCAUCACAUACAAGACUUGGAGCCGUGCGACGCCAUGCCACGCGCUCUGAGCCUUACAUAUUUCGGUGGAUUUUAUACACAAACCUUGGAGCCGUGCGACGGCAUGCCUCGCACAUUGAGCCUUGCAGGUUUCCUUGCCCAAUCCUUCUGACUGCCUGUUUCCAGUUGCACGGUGGUCUCUUUAACGUACCAUGGCAGGUUGUGGCGCCGUGCGACUCAAUGCUACGCGCGCUUAGCUGCCAUGGCGACAUGAGUUCGGAUGACGGUAAGCGCCGUCUCGGAACGAGAACGUGAUGGGAGUUUAUAAGAGGAAGUUUGGUAAGGAAUAAACCAAGAACUAAGACGC